AUGGAAUCACUCGUUUAUGAGAACUCGCCCUUGGCCGACUACCUCGAAGGCGAAGGUGGACACGAGGAGAGUUGGCCGGUGGAGGAGAACCAAAGCGAUGAUGAUCAUACCAGUGCUUUGAACUUUGCCCCUCGAGGGGCUUCCAAAUUCCAGACCCGCGUUCGAAACAAGCUACCGAAGCCCCUCGAUCUCAGAUGUACACCGCGGAGCGAAUUUGCCGGUAAACUGUACGAUGCUUGCUCGUCUGCCUUGAACGUCCGACUACCGCGCAGCGAUAACGAGCGAUUUUUGGAACAAUUUGGUUACGUUAUUGUCGCAUCGCAGCUGCUGAACGAGCACAGCGCCCCCUCCUACACCUCCGCCUCCGAUGUCCUCUCAGCAACACAACCCACAGCCCCUCCUUCAUUAUCUACAACGUUCGGAAUACAAGGUGCCAUUGUCACGGCCUGCACGUCUUUCUCUAUUGCUUGGUUAUUACAUUGGAGUCGUUCAAGGACAGGGUCGGGACUCAAUCCUAAAAAGAUUGGAGUGCUCCUGAUCCUUGUUCCGGUUCUUGGUGUUAUGUUCUACGCCUUUGCGAAACGGCAAUGGUUGAAAUACCUCCGUCAUCAGGCUGUAGAAGCAGCUGGCACAUUUAUUGGAAAUGCCCAGGGCUUUGAUUCAGCCGCCUCGGCCUCUGUUGUUUUCAUACAGGAGGUUGAACUUGUUUCCCGGGGCUAUCGGAUAAGCACACCCCUGCCCCCUAUCAGUCGACUCGAGGAUCAAGUACAAACGCGCCGAUGCUUGAGACUGCGCAGAACGGUUUCAGAGUGCUUUUACUCGAUGCUCGAGCGAUACGUUCGAUCUGAGAACACUCUUCGCCCGCUUACUGACGAGGCCAACCUCGCCAAAUAUUACGACAUUUAUGACAUUGGACUGGAGGAACUUGGGGCAAUUGAAUCGUCUCUAUCGCAUCGAACAAAUGAUGACCAAUACUCGCUGCGCGCCCUCAGGGAUCUAUUUGGGAAACUCUACAGUGUGCGGAAGAGCGUUUUAUGUUGUUUGUUGGCUCUUAGUGCCGACGGUGGAGGUUCCGACAUAGCGAGAUGGAGUUCAGCCGUUGAAGAGAUGCGUGAGCUCGCGGCAGUGACUGGAGACAGCAUGUUAAAGAUGACUGCUAUCCUGAAUGAGGAAGAUCGUGACAAUAUUCCUCCAUCGCCAUUGCCAUCCGCCUCCGCAUCGCCAAGCAAGGAUCAUCUACGGGCCCAAAUUCGACGGUUCAGUUCCUUGUCUCAAGGGGUCCGUGCCUUGCAUGCCAAAAUGCACAUUGUCAGCGAGGAGUCACACGCCAGCCUUGAGCGGCCGGACUCUGCUGACUAUGAAGCUGCUCUCCUUGCACAAUACGACUCGGUUGGCAGCGACCUGAGAGCCCUUCUUCAGGAGUGGGAAUCCGGCAAGGCUGCACUGGUCGAUCAAGACCGACUUAGUACUGUGGACCGCUCGCGGCCACCAAGUACGUUGUUGAUGCCCAUGUCUCCCACUCCUAGCCUGGGAGGCUCCACAGCGGUCGAGGGCAGCCCAACCGAUGCCCUCAAAGCCUUGAACGGCGAGGGCCGGCCGGACCUGACCCAAACCUACGAUGACGAGGAGAUUUUCGAAGCCGUUGUCCUUCCUGCAUCAAGAAACAAGCGUGUCUCAUUGACCCGAGAUGAGCGUCUUGCACGUGUACGAGAAGAUCGUGCUAGACAGGCGACUGCUCGGGAAAAGGUCGAUGCAAAUACUAAUAUGCUUAAGGAGCUGGAAAUGGUGAUCAAGCAACGACCAGGGAACCACUCUUCCAAAAGGAACGCGAUCCUUAUAUUAGACUGCUGCCUCUUUCACCUUCACCCAAAUACAUACCCUUCCACUGUCUUCGCCCCCAUCCCCUCUAACAUCCUUUUUACGUUCCGAAAAUACCCUCACAUAUUCCUUCUACGACUCUCAAAACACACAAAUACCGACAAGAUGUUGGAAGCUCGUUUGGAACAGGCCAGCCUUCUGAAGCGCGUCGUCGACGCCAUCAAGGACCUCGUCCAGGACUGCAAUUUCGACUGCAAUGACUCCGGCAUCGCUCUCCAGGCCAUGGACAACUCCCACGUUGCCCUGGUCUCCAUGCUUCUCCGCGCGGAGGGCUUCUCCCCCUACCGCUGCGACCGUAACAUCGCCCUCGGCAUCAACCUGCUCUCCCUGACCAAGGUCCUCCGGGCCGCCCAGAACGAAGACAUCCUGACCCUCAAGGCUGAGGACUCGCCCGAUGCCGUUAACCUGAUGUUCGAGAGCGCCGAGACCGACCGCCUCAGCGAGUACGAUAUCAAGCUUAUGGACAUUGACCAGGAGCACCUGGCCAUCCCCGAGACCGAGUACGCUGCUACUGUCGAGAUGCCCUCUGCCGAGUUCCAGCGCAUUUGCAGAGAUCUCAACGCGCUCUCUGAGUCAGUCGUGAUUGAGGCCAGCAAGGAGGGUGUCAAGUUCUCAUGCCAGGGUGACAUCGGUAACGGCUCCGUCACCAUCCGCCAGCACACCAACGUCGACAAGCCCGAGCAGAACGUCGCCAUUUCCCUCUCCGAACCCGUCGCCCUGACAUUCUCCCUCAAGUACCUCGUCAACUUCUGCAAGGCCUCCAACCUGUCCUCGUCUGUGGUGCUGCACCUGUCCCAGGAGGUACCGCUCCUUGUCGAGUACGGUCUCGGCAGUGGCCACCUGCGGUUCUACCUGGCUCCCAAGAUCGGUGACGAAGAGUAA